AGUUGAUCAGUCAUCAAUCGACAUAGCAUGUUUGCUGAAAUUUCUGUAUGGAAAACUUUAGUUACAGUUUGAAGACUAUAGUCAGUGCAAGCUACAAGCUUCUGCCCAUAUAAUCAAUGAAAGAAAGCUCAAGUGCUGACAUUUUAAACAAUUCUACCACACUGACACUAAACCCUAAUGCUGCUACCUUCAUAUCUUACAGCACGCCGCUGUAUGGUAAGUACACAGGAGAGGGAUCAUGCACAAUGAUGAGUGACUGUGAACAGUACGGCCCUAACGAGGACCACCAGUACGACGGCGGAGGAGGAGGAGGAGGAGGAGGAGGAGAGGGGCUGCCGCCACCACCUCAGUACAUCCCUCCUCCCCCUCCUCUUCCUCCUCCUCCUCCCUACUUAGAUCCUGGAGUGAUGGGGUUUGAGCCGGGUAUCCCGUAUGAACCUGAUACGGUGUACGAGACGGAGCAGAUGUCUCUACCUGCCCCUCAACACUAUCCUACACUCUCACUCUGCGCUACUUAUCCUUCCAACUUCUCCGCACAGAGUUCACCAGAGGUUCGGGGUUAUCCCAUCGGAGGACUCUCGGACUUAUCACCCCCUCCCACGGCCACGUCACCAUGGAAACAUGAGUUGCAGAGCACGUGCAGUGAGGACAGCGCGCUUCACUCUGACUCUGAUAACCUCCAGGAAGACUCCUUGGUGUCACGUGUUAGAAAACAGCUAGAGUACUACUUCUCACUAGAGAACCUGUCGUCAGAUCAGUACUUGAUAUCGCAAAUGGACGGUGACCAGUUUGUCCCCAUUUGGACCGUCGCUAACUUUAAUGCUGUAAAGAAGCUGACAACAGACAUAGAAGUAAUAAAGGAGGCACUACACAGUUCCACGGAGGUGCAGAUUGACAGUACAGGAAGCAAAGUCAGGCCUGUUAUCAAGAGGUGCACUCUAAUUCUCCGAGACAUUUCCCAGCACGCCACAGCUCAGGAGAUAGCAGGGCUGUUUAACAACUCGUCCGACUGUCCUCCCAGUAUUAAGUGUACCUUUGCUCACAACAACAGCUGGUUUGUGGAGUUCCGGACAGAACACGAGGCUCUCCAGGCUUACUCUUAUUUCCGGGAACACCCUCAUUACUUUCACGGGGACCUCAUCAAGGUUCGUAUAAAAGCAAAACCAAUACAGAGAAGUUCUCCGACAGACUCCAACCCAGUGGCGUACAACUCCGCUCUGUAUCAAGGAAGUAUGCCAUGUUACCCCGCCAUGUUACCCAUGAUGUGGAUGCCUCCUUCUGGCAUGGUACCCAUGGACCAUGUGAACUACCCGGCUCAAGGAGGGUACCCAAAUAACGUACCAGACCACCAGGAUUUGGAGGACCACCGCUACAGGGUACGAAGUGCUGACUCAGCAAACUACACAAACAGAAGGAAGCCUCGUCGCAAUAACAGCAGCAGAUCUGGUGGAAGCUGGAGGCACUCUGAUGUUAACAACAGAGAUAGGUAUUCACGCUCGAACAACAACACGUAUCACCGCCACAAGCGGAACGACAGUGACGACAGCAGCACAGUGUCCUCCGCAAGCUCCUACAAUGUUCCACCACCCACAAAACAUGGCGCACUCAACAAGAGUCCUGCUGCUGUCCCCAACAACAACAGCACUGCUAAACGUAGUGCUUCCCAGGCUAACAACAAGCAGACCCCCUCCUCCGGCAAACACCUCCAAAACAAAUCUAACGCUCAGAACAAACCUCCUCAUCAGUUUAAUUCUAAUAGACAAACCCUACAUAAUCACAAGAAAGCAGCUGUAAAACAGCAGCAGCAGCCUCAACCCCCUGCUCUGGAGAAGGAUAUAGUCCCCUUGAAGAUACAAACGAAGGUUCCAAUUAACAAGCCUCCAGAAAAACAUAUCGAUCUAGAGCCCUCGCAGUUCCCGCCCUUAUCAUCAAAUCCUGGCAGUGAUGUUGUCAAAGUGAGUACGGCAUGGUGUAAGAGGAACGAUAAGCCCGCCGAACCCAUCUCCCCCAAAUCAGAUAACAGCUCUUCUUCAACGCCUCCUCGAGUUUCCGGCCCGUUAUCCCCUACCAGAAAUCAGAUGACUAGUAGAGGCGGAGGUACCGCAGCUAGGGGAGCUAAAUAUGGUCCCAGAACUGGUCAGUUCAGGGCUGAUAGUUACUAUAACCGGGGUACCCGGAGGGUGGUAGAGAAUCACGUGUCUGCUGAUACUUCCAUCAACUGGAGACGCAGUAGUCAGGGCUCUAAACCCUCCAGAGCGAUGCGCCCAAUGAGGAGGUCAAACAAAAGCUCUGAAAGAAGAGAGACAGAUUUUGUUCCUGAUAUUAACAUUAAGGCGGUUUCCACUGAGGAUUUCUCCAACCGUCCGUCCUACUCGGAGAUGGCUGCUAAAAGUUCAGGUAACGAGUCUGACCCGUCCCCUGGCCCCGUUUGUAACGGAAAUGCUGAUUCCUCAAGCGAAGAGGACUCUAACAAGGCCUACAGAAAAACAUUUUCCGAAGUAAUCACAGCUCAGCAAAACUCGUCAAACGUUACGUCACCGCCUGAUCACGUUACCGUGUCCAGAAGAUCUGAGUCAAGUGAUUACAGUGCUCAGAGUCCUACCACUCCAAAGAACGAGGUGGUCAAGAGUGAGAUUGAGGAAACAGUCUGGACUAAAUCAACGUACAGGAGUCCUAAACCUAAGGCUGUUAACUUGAAAAAUGUUUACAAACUUGAGACCAAGUUAAAUGACCUGGAUAUUUCUGAGCCGGUUUUCCCGGCGGGGGCCCCUACUGAAGUCGAUUCAGGUCCUUCUAAUUCGACGAUUGAAGAGAAGGAAUCAGAUAAUCUGACGACACCUAAAGAUAUAAUCACUCUAGAGAACACGCCUUUCAAAGCUGCUAUAAACUGGUUCGAUGAUGAUGACGAUUUCCAGGAUGAUGAUUUCCUGAUCGAUAGCAUAACAAACUGUGUUGAAGAAACUCUGACAAACUGUGUUGUUGAGAAUGAAGUAUCGAACGAUCUACGUCCACAAAAUGAUCUUGAUCACGUACUGGCUAAUGACAUAGCUCAUGUGGACGAGGACUGUCAUCUGCCAGAGAAUUGCCUCAACGAGGCAGACAAGGAGACGCCAGCUGUUGAGGACUCGAAUGUUGCUCUCAAUUGUGUCGAGAACUGCCAACCAGAGGUCGUGCACAAAGUUUAUGAGAAUGGUGACGGCGGAGAAGAAGCCGAGACAACUGAGACGUUGGGGGCUAAAUCUCCAAUGGAGUCAGAGUGUAAAAAGCUCUGCGCAUCGCCAAAGCCCGAUAUUUUCCUCCUAGAGGACCCUCCAAAAGGACCAGGUUUCGAGGCGGAGGUUAGUGCGGUGGAAAGCAAAGUUGUUCUGUCACCUGAAAACGAGGAGGAUCACGACAGUGAGUAUGAUUCUGAGAGGGACGAGUUUUACUCCAGCUACUGCGAGUCCCCGGGAUGGGAAUGACACGUGACCCCUGAUAAGUUACCGGGCCCCCGGAUCUCUGGUCCCCUAAAGUUAGUUUUCUGUAGGAUCUAAUAUUGUGUUCUGCGCACGUCGCCCAAACAACUGCUUAGUAUCUCAAUGUUAUUCAUUCAGAGACACAUUACGGUGACAUCUUUUAAAGCGGGUUAAAUCUUUACUAAUUAUAACUUGAUAAUAAUAUGAACUGUGCUUAAGUAGUCCUGGGCGCGGGUGCGGGAUGAGUUCUGAGAGAGACCCUGAACACACCACCGCACUGAUAGACUCAAUCAAGAACAAUGUUCAUUAAACAAGGACACCCCCGUUCAAGACUCUAUGCUCUGUUUUCUUUUAAACUCCUCCCCAGAAGAUUCGCGCUUGAAUUGUUACUUAGACCUUGAGUAUUUAAAUAGUAGUUAUAUAACGGGUAGUGAGAUUGCUAUGUUGAAAUAAUAACGUUGUGUAUUGAGCACGCUGAACAAUAAUGAUAAAGGUGCUAAAGGUGAUUAAUAAAUGGAGCAAUAUAUAAUUAUAAUACCCCCUAUGAUAAUAAUAUGCACACAAUAAUGCAAUGAUGCUGAAAUGAGUAAUGAUGUUGUUAAUUUAGUAAUUUUUUUGUGAAAUUUCAUCUUAUUUUUACUUUGAUUUAAAUUUUCAUUUCUCUCUGUCGCUUGCUGGGCAAGAUGAUAUAUAAUAAUUAUUUGAAUACGUUUUUAAUCCGAUUAAAAUUAGUGUGUUGUGUUUAUUUAUUGUCACUGACCAGGGUAUGUAACUAUUUGAAUCGUGAAUUUGUCCCCUAUACAGUCGAGAAACGACGAGAGAAACCAUUUAGCGCAUGGAACUUAUUUAUUAUACUUCAUUUUCCAGUCUUAACAGUCUUGCUUUGAACCGAGACUUGAUAUUAGAUUUGUUUAGCUAUUGAUUAGUUACCAUUAUAUUUUGAAUGCUAUUUUGAAGCCUUGGUUAUUUCCUUUAGAUAGAAUUGUACUCAUGCCUGAUAAUGUCACUACUAAUGUUCAAGUUUGAAGUUUCCUGAGUAUACGUUACUUUUGCCUACAGAGCAGGUACCCGAGCAGACGGGGACAAAACCGUGAAACUUCCAGCUUCACACGUGCAAACAUCACACGUGCAAAUAUCACGCGUGCAAAUAUCACACGUGCAAAUAUCGGAAAUCAGACCCAGUGCUACUUAUUUUACCUGCUCUGUAGCUUAUGUCAUAUUUUGCCUUUAGUUCUUUAUAAUAUAAUCAUUUUAAAAUUAAAGCAUCACAGAAUGAUUUUAAUUGGCAUCCACAACCUUCUGGGAAUGUGCUUUUAGUUUUCAUUUUCGUAAUAUUUUUAACGCGUAUUUAUUGUAAUUGUGAUUGCAACACUAACAUUGGUAACCUAUUAAUCAGAUAAUUUCAAACUUAAAUGAUUUCGGCAAAGUGAUAAAGUAUUGAUUCAGUGAUCUAAUAUGAUGUAUUACACAUGGAAAAUAUUAAUUGUUAUUAAUUUGAUGAUUUGAAAUAUUUGAUUAAUUUAUUUGUUCUGAUUAUUGCUCAAUAUUAUAUGCAGAUGAUACGAAUUAGAUAUUAGCCUAAGAUCGGAAUUUUUGUCAGUCAUUAGAAAAGAUGUUUAAAAUAGUAUUUGUUUUUUGGAUUUGUAGAAAUGAUAAUUUAAUUAUUGUUACUAAUACUCGUACUUUAGGUAGCAUGUGUUAUUUGGCGUUGUUUUUUCUUUGAAAAAUGUAUUUUUAGCCGAUUUAUUUGUUCAGCACCCAGUUCACAAGCCUUGUUCGGAGAGUAAUAUACUGAUAAACUUAUAAAAAAUGUUAAUAUAAUUAUAAAGAUGAAUUGUUGGGAAAAUACGUGCUUUUCAUGGUUUUAUCGACAAAUUUUCGUUUUUUUGUGUUAUUAAUGAGCUGUGUUAAAUCUGAACUGUAUCGCUUGCUUGAUCGCCUUA